AUGGCUAAAGCCACCCCCGCUCCGGGAGGCAGUUUGUAUAUUGUUUAUCUCUUUAUCGGCAAGUUCGCUUUGACAUACGUCUCUAUGGUCUCGUUCAGACUUAUCAGCCUCAGAGCAUCUGCUGCGUUGCGACUAGAAUAUCUGGAGUCUUUACUCUCACUCCCCAUCAGCAGACUGGACGAAAUUUCGAGUGGCACUGUGACUCACGCCAUAACCUCACUGUCCAACCAAAUCCAGCAAAGUGUUUCCGAUAAGCUCGCAAUGCUGUUCCAAUCUUUAGCGCUCCUGGUCGCAGCAUAUGCCAUUGCCUUCCGAUAUUCCUGGGCUCUGACGCUAGUGGUCAGCGCUGCGAUUCUCUUCGUUAUCUUAGGGUUCAGCGUCACCGUUCCAUUUUUCGUCAAGGCGCAGUACCGCGUCGAUGAUGCAGACCAGAAGCAUGCGUCUAUCGCAGCCGAUGUCCUUGCAUCCAUUCGUACUGUGUUCUCGCUCGGAGCAGAGGCAUCAUUAGCCACGAAAUACUCUGCCUGGGUCGAGGAAGCAAAGCGGCGGGGAUCCCGGAUGUCGAUUACCAGCGGGAUCCACCUGGGCCUGUUGUUUUUCGCGAUGUAUGUGAGCUUUGGCCUGGCCUUCUGGUUCGGGCUGAAGCUUUUUCGUGAGGGCCAUAUUGAGAACAUCAAUGCCGUAAUCACUGUCUUUUUUUCUGUUCUGCUGGUUGUCACGGUCCUUGGAAAUGUUGCCUCGCCGCUCAUGAUCAUCAGCAAGGCGAUCAGUGCUUCAGGUCCAUUCUUCAACAUCAUUGAUUCCCGGCAGCCCCCUGCGACAGGUAUUACGGAGUUCAAUGCAUGCGGGGGAGUGGACAUCACAUUCAAUGGCGUGAGCUUUGUGUAUCCCACCCGUCCGACAACGCAGGUUCUCCGCAGUUUCCAUGCGCGGUUUGAGCAAGGAAAGACAACGGCACUGGUAGGGCCUUCAGGGUCUGGCAAAAGCACGAUCGUUGCCCUACUUGAAAGGUGGUAUGACCUGACGGCUUCGGCAGAUCCCAGUGCUACAGAGAUGGUGAAGGGCGAAAUUCAAGUAGGUGGCGUAAAUAUCGACAGGCUCGAUCUCGAAUGGUGGAGGUCGCAAAUCGGGUUGGUUCAGCAAGAACCUGUUCUCUUCAACACCACGGUCCUGGAGAAUAUAAGCAUGGGCCUGACCGGCACCAGGUGGGAGAAUUCGCCAGACCAUGCCAAAAUGGAAAUGGUGAUCAGUGCUAGUAAAGAGGCCUUUGCGGAUGAUUUCAUCACAAAACUACCCCAGGGGUAUUCAACCUUGGUUGGAGAAGGAGGGAUGGCUCUCAGCGGGGGUCAACGACAGCGCAUCGCGAUUGCGCGCUGUAUCGUCCGGCAACCUCCAAUCCUGAUUCUUGAUGAAGCAACCAGUUCGAUGGACGUUCAUAGCGAACGCAUUGUCCAGGCGGCACUUGCACGCGUGCUGAAGAACCGGACUACAAUUCUGAUCGCUCACCGACUCUCAACUGUCCGCAAAGCGGAUCGUAUCGUCGUCAUCAAGGACGGCACAAAUCUCGAAGAAGGCUCCCAUGAUGAAUUGGUGGCAGCUGGAGGCAUGUACUGCAGCUUGGUCCAUGCCCAGGAAUUGGGAAACAUAUCUGUCUCUGAAUCUGAAAGGCUGGAACAAAAGGAUACAUUGCCGGAUGAAGCCAUGGACAAUGUCGCCAUUACCCGACCUGGGAUUGGUGAGAAUCACCAGCAAAUCCCAAGGGAGGUCCAGUGCAAACCCGGGAAAAAACGCAGGCCUUCAACUAAAAUCCUGCUACGAAUAUUACGACAACAGCGGCAACAUUGGCUGCUAUAUAGUUUGACCCUAUUGGGUGCCCUCGGAGCAUCGUCUGGAUUUGCACUGCAGAGUUGGCUCUUUGCCCAAAUCGUGCAGGCUUUCCAGUACACCGGUGAAAGACUGGUUGAUGCUGGCAAUUUUUGGGCCCUUAUGUUCUUCAUCCUGGCCUUGGCUAUGGCGAGUUUCUACCUUCUUGUAGGGUAUUUCUCGAAUCGGAUCUCACAGAAUGUGGGGUCCAAGUAUCGCAUGGAAUACUUUCACAAUAUGUUGGCCCAGCCUGUAUGCUGGUUUGAUCGGGAAGAAAAUAGCAGCGGUACCCUGACGUCUCGCCUAUCCACUGACCCCCGUCAGCUGCAGGAGCUCUUUGGAGUAAGCGGGAUUUUCCCUCUCAUAUCCAUCGUCAGCAUGAUUGGCUGCAUUGCCAUAGCAUUCUCGUUUGGUGCAAAGCUGGCCGCGGUGGCCUUUUGCGCCGGAACGCCAUUCAUGUUUCUCGGCGCGUACAGUCGCAUCCGAUAUGAGAUGAAGUUUGAAGCAAUCAACGCGGAAGUCUAUGCAGAAAGCUCCCAGUUUGCAAGCGAGGCUAUCCGUGCUUUCCGGACAAUCACAUCUUUAAACAUGGAGAAAGUCAUCUUGAGACGCUAUUCAAGCUUAGUGGCCCAACAGAGAUACCGUGCAAUGCGGAAAGCUUGGUAUGCCACGCUGCUCUUUUCCUUUGCUGAUAGCUUUGAGCUUUGUUCAAUGGCCCUCACUUUCUGGUACGGUGGCCGGCUCCUGGCUUCUGGUGAAUACGAUGUCGUGUCGUUCCUUGUCGUGUAUGUCGCCAUAAUCCAGGGAGGUCAAUCUGCGGGCCAGUUUCUAAGUUUUGGACCGAACAUUGCGCAGGCCGCAGCUUCGGGCGAGCGCAUCCUUAGUCUUCGUCCUGAAACUGGAGGCGCAACGAGCCCGCACGACAUGCGGCUUAUGCCAUCGGAAGAGCGCAAUGCAAGCGUUCAGCUACAGAACAUAUCCUUCCACUAUUCCACCCGAGACACUCCCAUAUUUCAUGGCUUGAGUCUAAAUAUUGAGAGCGGGCAAUUUGUUGCAUUCGUAGGGGCGUCUGGCUGUGGUAAAUCAACUAUAAUAUCACUGCUCGAGCGUUUCUACCAGGUCUCAAGCGGUGAAAUUCUUUUUGGCGGCAAGGACAUUAAUUCAAUCGAUCUAUCUGCAUAUCGAUCCUCACUCGCCCUCGUAUCCCAGGAACCGCAACUAUUCGACGGCACUAUCCGAGACAACCUUCUCUUGGGUCAGACCCAGACAGACGCCAUAACUGAGCCGCAAAUGAUUCAGGCGUGUCGGGACGCCGAGAUCCACGAUUUCAUUGCCUCCCUUCCAGAUGGCUAUAACACCCCGCUUGGAGUUACCCAGACUGCCCUAAGUGGAGGUCAGAAACAGCGGAUCUGCAUCGCGCGUGCCCUAGUUCGAAAGCCUUCCCUUCUACUCCUCGAUGAGGCCACCUCGAGCCUUGACUCACAGUCGGAAAGGCUUUUGCAGGAUGCAAUAGAGAGGCUAGCGAAGAAACGCAAUAUGACCAUCAUUGCCGUGGCACACCGGCUGGCGACAAUCCAAAAGGCAAAUUCAAUCUUUGUUCUUGGGCAGGAGGUUUAUGAUAAAUGUACCAGGCUCAUUGAGAGUGGAACUCAUUCAGAACUCAUACAGAAACGUGGAGCAUAUUGGGAGAUGUGUCGCGCGCAAGCCCUGGACAAGUCUAUGGAAUGA